AUGAGAGGGUUUACACUGAAUAAUGUUUGCCAGUGUGGCUUAUUUACUUAUCUUGUCUUGUUUUCUUUCGUGUCUUUUACCACUGCAGUCAGUUUCGACUUGACUGAGCUUAGGAACAAAGUUGCAAAAAUUAAAGUGAAUCCAAGAGGCAACCUUUGGGCUACAGGACAUUUCAUGGGAAAGAAGAGCGUGAUGGAUACCCCCCUGUUGCCUUCAGCAGAGGGGCAGGGCGUUGAUGCGCUGGAAGUCACCCUCCCUGGGGAGCAGAGUGCUCUCGGGGAGCUUCUCCAAGAGUUUCUUCGAGUGGCUUUACAAGCGCAGGUGGAUACACAAGCGAGUCGCUCGAAAAAUCAGGAGGCGGACUUGCUGAUGAAGAUUUUAGAAAGCUACAUCCAAAGCAGAAAGUAA